AUUGAGACACAAGGAAAUGAAAUGUUGGUUCAAAUUGAAAGCGAAUUAAAGUCAUUAACCAAUUGUUUUGACCAAAAGCUCAACGAAUCAGUGAUUUGUGAUACAAGGCCUCAAUGUUCCUGCAAUUCAGCUAAUGUCAUCAAAGAGAAAGAGUCAGAAAUCAGUCGAUUAAACAGAAUUUUGCGCGAUUCUGAUAUGUCUCAGUCCUCAUCAGCCAUUGGCCGCAUUGAAAGGGUAUCUGUUUUAGGUUGUGAAGUCGGAGAUAUUGUACUCAUCUAUUAUGAAGAAAAGUUCAAUAACUAUAUUGUCUUCACUCUUAAUAAUGUCCUCCAUUUCGUACACACCGACUGUUUGGAUGCGCUCUCUUUGAAAUCAGUUACAGGAGAGGCCCAUCAGCGGUGGACUAUAGCCGAGGUGACUGAUAAGGAGUACUGUCAGGCAAAAAAAGCACAAAACAGGUAUAGAGUGGCGCUAAACACCAAAUUCUAUAGAGUGAAAGCCAAACCGUGGAACCGAUUCACGCAUUUAAUGACCCGAUCCGUUGAUAGCAGAUCCACUUUAUCGACAACUGUUGCCACCAGCGCUCCAAUGAGUGUUUCACUAAUGUCUGCAUCCGUCUCACCAAUCGAUAUCACUCCACAAAGUCCUCAAUUG